AUGUUGCAUGACCAAUUCACUCCUUUAGUUAAUGACGAGACGCUUCAAUAUAAAGGAGGUGUGUCAGGGAUAGCUCGUCUUACUUUGGAAAUUUAUCUCCUGAGAGAAUAUUUUUCGAUGUCACUCUCGUAUCUUGUGUGUGUGUUCUACAUGAAUUUAGUCCGCGAGAAUUUCACUUUGAGGAUUUACAGCAGAAAGUUUCCGAUAUCCAAGUAACUUAAAAUCUUGGAAUAACAGUAAACAAUUCGCGUUUUUCAAGGUAAUAAUUUACGAAUUCGCUUAGAUAGCGUUUUUAUUCUAGAUUUAACAGUAGCUUGUGAACUCCAAACAAUUCUUCGGCAGAAAAACUAGAUACUAUUCGACAUCCUUUUUUUUCAAUUUAAUGGCGGUCCGUUUGUUAAAUAUAUUUGAUUUUUGAGGCCUACUCUUAGAAGAAAAAAAAACAUGGAGAUGGAACAAUAUCAGCUUAGUACAUCACUUAUGGUGACAAAUGAAGAGUUAGAAUCGCCGAAUAUGUCGAAUCAGACGAUGAUGGGAUUCCCAAAAGGUGAAUUGCAGUGGAUGACCAUUGGUAUUCCUAUAGUCUACGGGAUCAUCGUAUUAAUAGGUCUCAUCGGGAACGGCUUAGUCAUCAUAGUUCUCCUUAGCUACAACAACAUGAGGACAAUCCCUAACAUCUACAUACUCAACCUCGCCAUUAUGGAUUUUCUGUUUGUCUUGACUUUGCCAUUUCAAGCUGUACAAGCUGCAUUAAUGGCGUGGCCGUUUGGGUCGUUUCUAUGUAAGCUGAUAGUUGGUUGCGACUCCGUGAACCAGUUUGCUUCGAUCUACACUUUAACUUUCAUGAGUGCGGAUCGGUACAUCGCGGUGGUGUAUCCCCUAUCAUCGAUACGGUACAGGACCAAGAACAAGACCAGGAUCUUCUGUGGAUUAGUUUGGGUGCUCUCCAUCCUGCUCACUCUACCUACCUUCCUCUUCUACAACACCAAGACUUAUAAUGGGGUGACCAGCUGCUACACCGUGGAUAUCUCAGACAGGCAAGCACAUUUCUAUGCUUAUUUCAAUCUGGUCUUAGGCUUCUUGCUACCCCUCGUAGUAAUUCUUAUGGCGUAUACCACGCUGUUGUACAAAAUGUUACGUAGUAACCUACCCUUGAGGUCUGACGGUGCAUGUAGUGCAGCUCAGAGAGCAUCCAAGAGAGUUUCAAUCUUAACCAUCUCUGUCAUUGUGGUAUUCUUUGUCUGCUGGAUGCCGUUUCACAUCAUGCAGAUAUGGCAAGCCAUUGGUUGGACCCAUAGUACAGCCGUUCGUGUGACCUGGUCCAUUGCCAUUUGCUGGUGUUACAGCAACAGUUGCUUUAACCCGCUUGUUUACACGUUCAUCGGUGAGAACUUUAAGAAGAACCUGGCAGACAUGUGCCCCUGGUGCUUCCCCGAAGCAAGCAAGUUCGACCGGAGCCGUUGCCGCGACAGCAGUACCUACACGCGCGGGGGCACCAUGCGAUUGCACAACGUUCACAACGAGUACACCACCAGCCCAACCAUUGCACCAUCGACAACACUCGGUAGUGAUGGCUACAGUGAGAAUUCACCCAAGAUACAAACCUACACCUUCAGUACCUGAUUCACCAAUUAAACUUUUCUUGUACAGGCAGAGAUUUAGACGUGUAAAACAAAAGCAUAAUAUGAUACGCAGACAGAGAUCAUGGAACACCUUUCCUUCUUCAGGGAAUAUGAGAUGUUCAAGAUAGUGCCUAAUUCGUGAAGUCAUCUCGAAAGCAGGUUUUUGCACCUUAAAGUAAAUUUUACUACCACCACCGAUCAUCGAUUCGACAUAACCGUUUUUCAAACCGAGAAAAGGUAAAUGAAUCUGUAUGGCUCAACACAUGAUUUACGAUCUGAAGCAUCUUGAAUAGAAUCAUAAAUAUCUUUAAUAACAAAACUGCACUUUGGCAAUUAAAAUCCUUAUUACUUCUAGAAAUUCAGUAGAGUGUAAAGGUUCGAAAAAAAUGCAUACAGAUCUAAUGUAUUGAAAUAUACUCCGUUUUCUGUCAAAUUAAUAGUCCUAGCCAUUGUUAAAAAAGGAUAUUUAUAUAUAUAAAGUUAUAAAGUAAUCGUUUAUUUAAGAUUGCAUUAUAAUGAACUGUAAAAUAUGUAGCAUUUAUCUAUAUAUUUUCCUUCGUAUGUAUAUACAUAUAUAUAGUAUAAAUUAUAGAAUAACUUGUUAUUCCAUGAUUCAUUGUAUUUGUCAGUUGAGUGACGUUAUUUAUUUCGAAACAAUGUGAAUUGAUAAUCUGUAUUUUUGAAAAUUCAGUCAUUGGAAAGAAGGUUCCUAUGCAGAAAAGCAUUCACAAACUCGACUGAAGGAGUCGUUCACAACACCAGGACGUCAUCAAUGAUUGAUGUAAUAUUAUCUUUUACCAGAACCUAUUGUUACUGGGAACAGAUGCAAAAGCCCAUUAGAAUUUCAGAUUUCACUAAUCUUCAGGUAAAAAGAUGACAAAUAUUAUGCGCUCCUAUGUUGUAGUUUUUCUUUGUUAAGCACUUAUUCUUAAACCCAUGAUUACAGUAACAAAAUACUGCAAUCUUCUUAUAAAGGUGCGAUCUGGAAAUUGGAUGAUUGCGUCUACAAUUGAUAGAAUUUUUUUUCGGAUUUAAUCAGGGUUAUAGCGACUUGGAAUGAAAGGAAUGAAUUAAAUACACUCUCUUUCUCUGACUUUUAAUGGAUCGCACGAAUGGUAAACAACUAUUCAACUUCUUUCCAUUGAAAAGAUAGCUUUAAGAGAAUCCGAAAGCUAAUGCGAAAAUUGGGAAGGAGAAAAAGACCGCUUUCCAUUCCCCCCAAAUUUAAUCCACUUCAGCUGUAAAAUCAUUUUAAAAUAUAGAAGGGUAUCUUACUAGUAUUUUCUUCACAAUCCUUUUUAAUUACGAUUUUAAAUGGAAAACCACCUACUGCUUCAACAACGCCGACAUCUGCAAGUUAUACUUAUAUACUAUUUUCCUCCUUCUACUACUACUACUACUACUACUACUACUACUACUACUACUACUACUACUACUACUACUACUACUACU